UCGUAGCACACUGGGAUGCUUGACUCUCUGCAGAUUGCUGUUCAUGUGUCUCAGACAUGCACACAAACAUGGCGGAACCCAUGGAGCUGCUUUGUUGGGGAGGCGACUGGGACCUGCCGUCUGUGCACACAGACUCCCUCAUCGUGCUGGCAUAUGCAAAAUUUUCCGGUGCAAAUCUUGCAGUGAAGUCUAUUGACUGGACGUGGAGGACAAUUACAGCAUCGGUGCCACAACUACACUAUGAGGGAACCACAGUCACAGAACCAACACAAAUUCUAAACUACCUAAGAAAACAGAGAUUCAAUGCUGACUAUGAGUUAACAGCUAAGCAAGGUGCAGAUACGAUGGCUUAUAUCGCCCUCCUGGAGGAAAAGCUGCGGCCAGCACUGCUGCACACAUUCUGGGUGGACGCAGAGAACUAUGCUAACCUGACCCGACCGUGGUUUACAUCACAUUCCCCGUUCCCCCUCAACUUCUUUGUACCGGGUCGACAGGCCAGCUUGGCUCUAUCUCGGAUCUUAUUGACCAAAGCAGAGUCGCCAUUGCUCAACAUCACAGAAGUAGAGGGAAAGAUCUACAGUGAAGCCAAAGAGUGCCUGAAUUUGCUCUCUCACAGACUUGGGAACUUCCACUUCUUCUUUGGAGACACGCCUACAAGCCUGGACGCCUUUGUGUUUGGCCAUAUCGCCCCUCUUAUUAAAGCCCCUCUACCCAGUGGGCAGCUUCAGAAGCACCUGAACCAACUGGAUAACCUCUGCCAGUUCUGCAACACCAUCCUUAAAAACUACUUUACUGAUGCUUCUGCUGAGAAGAGAAUGGACUGCUCUCCGACGGCUACCCAUGAUCCUGUCGAUGCAAACCUCCAGAAACUGACACAGCUUGUUAACAAAGAGUCCAACCUUAUUGAAAAGAUGGAUGACAAUCUUCGCAGCAGUCCACAGCACAGACCGCACAGACAUGAGACCAAACCCUCGGCCCUGGCCAGCGCGAGAAACUCGACCCCUUCCUGAUAAACCCCUUCUAUCUAAGCACUGACUUCACCAUAAUUUAUUUAUUUCCAUUGAAAUGAAAAUAUUUCCAAAUGAUAUUUAUAAUUUAACAUACUGAUGACACUAGUUUUUCAUGAUAAAGAUGCUGAAAUGUUGGUUUGAGUGUAAGAUUUUGUAACACAACAACAUGAAGGACUUGUUAAAUGGGCAUUCUUCAUCUGCAAUAUUUAAGAAUCAUUAGCACAUGUGACAACUACGUAUAGAAAGGGAAAUGCUUUUUAGAAACCUAACAGCAACAUUAAGCUGACAAUUGAUAUACUUUAAAAGAAAAGUACUGUCCAGUUGAGUUGCAUCAUCCUUAAUCAGUUUUUCAUUGAUUGUAUAGAACUUAAAAUGCACAAGCUGGCUUUCCAAAUGCUAAAUGUUUUGAGUGUUUUAUGUUUUUAUUUAUUUUUCAACCCUGCCCAAACACAAUUACAUGCAAAUUAUAAGCCUUAUGGUUUAUAUACUAGAUGUUCAGCUUUUAUUUCAUGAUUUCAUAAAAUAAUCUAAUUAGGAGUUUAAAUUUAUAAGUUUAAGGUUAAUAACAGUUUUUAUUUUAGCGCACAUGGCUGGUUAACUAUCACAUACUGUAGUAAGCAUGUCAAAUCUGCAUUGUGCCUCAUUAUAGCAUACUUCUCUCUAAUUUGAUUUAAUCUUUCCAUUGAUUUCACAUGGUUAUGUAAUGUUCUACAUUCUUGAGUUUUGUUGGAAAGGGAUCUUGACAUCUGAUUUUGUGUACUGUGUAUACAUUUAUUAUUCUUUAUAUUCCUCUGGAGGUUUUAUACAUGCAAGGAAUGCCUUAAAAGUCCAGUGCUGUGCCAUGCCAUCACACCUGACUGUUUUUUGAUGUAAUCGGUCAUUCAUUGUUUCAAAAAAUUGUAUAUUUCAACAUAUGUCAAUGUAUAGUAAUGUUCAAAUAUAUGUACAUAUAUGCAAUAAAGUAAAGUUCUUUGAAA